AUGCGUAAAAGCAAACGAGAUCGGGCAAGUAAUGUGGAAGAGCGUUUAGAAGACGGCCCAAACGGUCGCUGUAAGGCCCAAAAUGAUGGGGACCGAUUAAAUGGUGAAUAUGCUGUGAAUAAGGGAGACAACAUGCACAGGACUGGAAUAGAUGGUCCAAAGUUGACUUACGUAUGUGGUGAAAUUCGCGAAAGCAAGCCGUACACAGGUGACCCAAACCUAUUCUAA